GUAUGGAUCGAAUUUGCGCCCAUGAAAACAAACAAACAAACAAACAAACAAAAAAACACAACGACUCUUCCACACAUAAGACGCGUUCCCGGCGGACACAGUAGGCUCGCAGAGCAGCAGUGAUGCUGAGUGUGUUGAGUUGAGUUGUGUUGUGUUGUAUGUGGGCUGGCUGAGUGACGCGCCAGUAGGAGUCGGACUCUGCGUUGCAAUAAAGAGGCCGCGGCAGCUGGGAGCGCAGGACAGUGCAGCGGAGAGGCGUCCCAACACCACAGACACACCAUCACACCAUCCACCACCUCCUCCUCCUCCUCCACCUCCACCUCCUCCUCCACACCGCCGCGGCUGCAGCUCACACUCCUGUCUGAGCUCACACCACCACCAGCAGCACCACCAGCAGCAGCACCAGCAGCAGCAGCAGCAGCAGAGGAGGAACAUGCUGCCGCUCCGGACGACUCGUUAACUCAUCCACAGCGGUACACACGGCUGCCCAGCGGGCUUCCACACCCUGAACACACACCAGGACCCCCCGAGCUAUAGGAGGAGACUUUCACAAGAUCUGUGUCUUCUGAAGGCGUGUUGGAGUUUGUGUAGCAGCCAUGGGCAGCAAGACUUUGCCAGCACCAGUCCCUCUACACCCGUCUCUCCAGCUGGCCAACUACUCCCUCCUCCAGAGCUCCACGGGCCUCCAGCUGCCAGCGGAUCAUUUUCACAGCAUCUACAGCUUCAGCGCCUUGCACGCCAUCCACCUUCACCAGUGGACCCUCGGCUACCCACCGUUGGCCCUGCCCCGCUGCGCCAUCUCCAAGCUCCCGGCCCAGUUCUCCUCUAUGGCCUCCAUCCCCAUAUUCCCUCACCUGCUGCAGCCCAAGCAGGACUCAGCAGGGCUGCUGCAGAACUCCAAGAACAAGCCCCGCUUUGACUUUGCGAACCUGGCAGCAGCAGCCACCCAGGAGGAUCACCUGAAGGCGGAGGACCUGAGCAUGUCGGGUGCUGCUGCCGCCGCCGCCGCGCAGGCUUCAUCUCACCACCAAACCUCAGCCGGCCUGGGAUGCCUCCUGGAUGUGACCAAGCUCUCCUCCCCCGAGCGCAAGUCCAGCCGAGGCCGACUGCCCUCCAAGACCAAGAAAGAGUUUGUCUGCAAGUUCUGUGGCCGCCAUUUUACCAAAUCCUACAACCUUUUGAUCCAUGAGAGGACGCACACGGAUGAGAGGCCAUACACCUGUGAUAUCUGCCACAAAGCCUUUAGAAGACAGGACCACCUUCGGGACCACAGGUACAUUCACUCCAAAGAAAAGCCCUUCAAAUGUCAGGAGUGUGGGAAGGGCUUCUGUCAGUCCAGGACUCUGGCUGUCCACAAAACAUUACACAUGCAGGUCAAGGAACUGAAGCCAGCCAAGAUCAAGUGAUUCACUCUGCCAGCAGGGAAGGGAUGGGGACACUGGAAAAAACAAAACCAAAACCAACCACAGCCAAAGAUCAACCAAAGACUUUUUUUUCUUUUUUCAUCUCAGCUGUUGGAGGAUGAGCCCUCUGCAUCUAUGGGAAUACUUUUCAAGGAUGAAAAAUUUCACCAGCCAGUUCUUAAAGAAGUUGUACCGAAAUAAGCCUUAGUGGAGAAGUGUACGCUUAGCUGUCAAAGCCCCACUUGGCUGAGAACUCAGUGGAUGUGUGGAAUGGACAGAAAGAAAAAAAA